CUUCUGAGGAGAUAGUUCGCAAAGAGCUUUUUCAGGGUUAACUAAUCUGUUAACAAAUCUGUUUGGUCAGUGUUUUAAAAUAUCUGAAUGAAACCACGGAAAUAUCUCGUCUUUGUACUAUUUAUUAUGGAUUUGUAGACGAGGAAAGUUUUACAAGACGCUCAACUGAGGGGAUUUUUGAGAAAGCCAGAAAGAAAAAGAAAGAAGACUUGUUUCUGAACCAUAUUUCUGCAGAAGAAUCGUGAAGUUUGCAUCGCUCAGGUGGGCAUCCAAACAGAGAGCCUUUCAUCGACUGGAUUAUGGGAUGACAAGCCAAAGCAUUUUAUAAAGCCAAGUAUUUACGAAAUGAUCCCCUAAAGUGAAGAGGAAACACUAUGAUGAGAGAAAGAUUUACCUGUGCAUAAUGAACACAUAACGAGGAGGAAACUAUACAGCAGACAGAAUUCAACACAGCAAGCCUCUUUGAUGUAAAUUCAUUUGACUGAUGACUCUGGUUCCUCGAAAAUCAGCAUGAAAUCAGACCCUGGAGUUGAGGCUGUCUCCGCAAACCGGGCACUGCUUCGUUAUAUACCUAUGGUACAGCUCCCUAUGGCUGAAUGCUGGUCCUCUCAUCUUAACUUUGCUUCCGGAAGCGGUCCCUGUAGCAUGAGGCUGCCUCUGUGAAUGGGAGUUGCUGUGGCUUCACGUCACUUGAGCUCUAUUACAGCUUUAAUUUAAGGUUUGUUUUGCCGUAGCAAUGAUUGCGACGGGAGGGGUGAUCACGGGGCUCGCAGCAUUGAAAAGACAAGACUCCACCCGCUCUCAGUAUCAUUUGCCAACCCAGAGCCCCACCCCUGCACCUGAGAAGAAAUGCGCUAAGCGUAAAUCUCGAGCUGAUGUUGUGGUGGUGAGAGGGAAGAUCAGACUGUAUUCUGCAUCAGGGUUUUUUCUGGUUUUGGGAUUGCUGAUCCUAAUGGCAGGUAUUGUGAUGGCUGUUCUAGGAUACUGGCCUCACAAGGACCACCAGAAGGCACCAGAAAGCAAGCUUUUUAUGAAUAAUACACAGGUUGGGCGAGAGCAGAUAGGCUCUUUGACACAAUUCUUUGAGCAGCACCUGCAUUCAGAGAAGAUGAAAAUGUUGGGUCCUUUCACUAUGGGAAUUGGGAUUUUUAUCUUUAUUUGCGCAAAUGCCAUCUUACAUGAGAACAGAGAUCGUGAGACCAAGAUUAUCCACAUGAGGGACAUGUACUCGACUGUCAUAGACUUUCACAGCCUGCGGAUAAAGGAGCAGAAAUGUACGAAUGGGGCCUACAUGGGUCCUUAUGCAGACACAGAGAUCCGUUCCUUCGGUCAGGACAGUCAUUUUGCCUCACGGCUCACAGCUAACACACUAAUGUCCUUCUCUGGACUAGACAGUGACCUCCGAUUUUCCCACGGGACCAGCUCUGAGGACGAGGAGGGUCUAAUGAGUGAGGCCAAAGGUGGAUUAAGCCUGUUGUCACCUGCCUACAAAGACCAAACUGAAUCUUUCUUUGGGUUCCAGUGUGAGAGCAGUCGGCAGUGUGAGGGUAAGAGUGGCGUACUGAAGAAAUGUCAAACGCGGUCCAUAGUUUCCUCCUCCAUCUGCGCCUUCACGUUGCCUGUCAUCAAACUCAACAACUGUGUCAUCGAUGAGCCGGAUAUUGAAAGCAUCACUGAGGACUUGGAGCAGAACAGGGACCACUCCAGACCUCCAUCAAUGGAAUCUUUAACAGUCCCUGUUCCUGACGUCGCCAAAGCUUUCAAACGUCCUGGUGCCCAGCUGCUCCGGAGCAAUUCGGCAACAGAAUCCCCUAGCUCCACAUCUUCACAUUCAUCACUGUCUCCUGGAUCCACCAGUGGUAGAUUCCUGUCACCGGGUGCUGCUCGUAAAGACUUUGGUUCCAAUAACUCCCUCCAAGUAUUGUCAGCCUAUUCCAAAUCUCUGGAUUUAGAGAGAGAGUCCACAAUGCUGACUGUCCAUCCUGAACAAAGGAAACACCCUAGCUGGCCUAGACUGGACUGCAGUAAUAGUAAAGGAUACACUAAACUGGAGAACAAAGAGGACUAUAUGGACAGGCUAAUAGUGCCCCCAGUGGCCGUGAAGAAGGACUACACAAAAAAGGAGAAACUUCUUAUGAUCUCCAGGUCUCACAAUAACUUGUGCUUUGAGCAUGAUGAGUUUCUGAGUAGUCUGAAGAGAGGCACCUCAGAGACCAGAUUUUAAAAUCGAAUUAGUCUCAAGGCUGUAAUAGCUAAUAGACACACAUAAGGCAAAUGUCUACACAAUGACUUUUGAUUUUCAAGAUUUGGCUGCAAUACAGAAGAGAGUAUGUGCUGUUUUUUUUACAAAUAUUUUGUUAAUUGACAUAUAACAAUCAUUGAACAGAAAGAUAAGGCAGUUGUGCUGCUUUUUAUUUCACUGAAUUUCAAACUAAUGAGAUUUGCCAUCGUCAUUGUGCACGAAAUACAAAAUGUGACCAGUAAUGAUAAAAGUGUGGGUAGCAAGCGACUCAAUAACCAAAUGGUUGCUUAAAGCUGUUAAAAUGUGUUUGUAUUAUCUUUGUUAACGUUCAGACAGGACCUAUUGUCUGUUUUGAGUGCAGUAUGUGUAUUGUACCAGAGCUAGUAGUUAUUUUACAAUGGGGGCUUUAAAUAAUUUAUUGUUUAAAACACACACUGCUAUUUUUGAAGAGAACUUAUCA